AUGUCGCGCAAAAUCAUUGUAUCAAAUAUCUCCGCCUCCGCCUCUGAAAAGUCAGUCAAAGACUUCUUUCUUUUCUGCGGUAAAAUAAAGGAAUUCGAACUGAUAAAAAAAGUGUCUUCUGACCAGCAGACUGCCUACAUCACAUUCGAGCGAGACACAGCCGCCAAAACAGCCUUAAUGCUUACAAACGCAGUCAUCGGCGAUAGUCAAAUCAAAGUAAGUUUAGCAGACGAUGGUUCCUCUUCAGACGAAGCACCAGAACACGACGGCUACCUCUCUCAGGAAGACAAACCAAAAGCUGCCAUCUUUGCCGAAAUACUCGCUGCUGGCUACCAGCUCCAUGAUCACAUCCUCGAACGUGGGGUAGCAUUUGAUGCGCAAUACGGAUUAUCUAACAAAUUCAAACAGUACCUUGCACAAUUGCAGGACCAAUUGAAAGUAUUAAACGACAAGUACAAAGUUACCGAUCGUGUUGCCGAAUUGGAUCAAAAGUAUCAUGUGCAGGAUAACGUAAAGAGAGUAGCAUCACAAGCCCAGGAUAAAGCUACUACGGCACUGUCUACUUCGACCGGUAAACGAUUGCAGGAAUUCUAUAUGUCAACAACGAAAGUUGUGAGUGAUGUUCAUUGUGAGGCUAGGAGAAUUGCUAAUCUGAAGCGGUCACUAAAAAUCACAGAAGUCGAAGCUCACUAG